AUGCCAGACAAAAAUGAGGAUGCCGAGAACCCGGAAAUCAAAAAUAAGAAGAAAGAAAAGGUUAGUUUGUGCUAAUUAAUGGCAAACAGAUUUUUCAGAGCUGUUGUGAAUCUUGGAAGCCGGUUUUAUAAAAAUUUUUGUCAUAUUUUAUGUUAUAGUAGACACCUUAUUUUUGGUCGUGUUAAACUCAAAUAAAAUAAUUUUUUUAGCUUUUCCGACUUGAUCCAGCCUUCCCGGUCACCGCCAUGUCCACAUUUUUGACGUGCGGCAUCACUCAGAUGUUUAUUUAUGGAAUUACGGGCAGAGCGAGAUUAGCUGCGUAAGUAUAACGUAAUUUUUAGCCGAAAAGGCUAAUAAAAAGGUCUUUUCUGAUGUCUAAAACGAAUAUUGCUGUAGAUUAUGCUCUAUAAUAACAUUUCCCAUCUCCUUUACCAUGGGAAUAAUGGAUGCGGAACAGGAUUUCAUCAAAUGGAAAAAGACGAAAGCCCUCCGGGAAAAGGGAAUCGACCCACGUUUCAUGCCUUACAAAGUCAAAUACGACUGGACCAACUACGAAGACAAGAUGUACAUCAGUCCCGAGAGGGUCAAGCUUGAUGAUUGA